UCACCGCAAAAGAACACGCAAAAAUAAAAAGACGCAGUUGCAUUGUAAAACCAUUAAAUAGUAACUUCUGCCAGCUGUGGCAUUUAUAAUUUAAAAUAGUGUUUGAGAGCCACUACCUGUGGCGCGGACAUGUGGAGAAGGAACAUUAUAACAUUUAUAGAUCGCAGCUUGUCCGGACUGAUGGCGGCGGCAGCAUCCAGUGCCCGGCAGGGACGCAAGUACGCCGAGGGCACCCAGCCCUUCACCGUCCUCAUCGAGGGCAACAUCGGCAGCGGGAAGACCACCUACCUGAACCACUUCGAGAAGUACAAGGAGGACAUCUGUCUGCUCACCGAGCCCGUCGAGAAGUGGCGCAACGUGAACGGGGUCAACCUGCUGGAGCUGAUGUAUAAGGACCCCAAGAAGUGGGCCAUGCCCUUUCAGAGUUAUGUCACGCUGACCAUGUUGCAGGCGCACACCGCGCCCACUGACAAGAAGCUAAAAAUAAUGGAGCGCUCCAUUUUUAGCGCUCGCUACUGCUUUGUGGAGAAUAUGCGUCGGAAUGGUUCCCUGGAGGAGGGCAUGUUCAACACCCUGCAGGAGUGGUACAAGUUCAUCGAGGAGUCCAUCCACGUGCAGGCGGACCUCAUCAUUUACCUGCGCACCUCGCCGGAGGUGGCGCACGAGCGCAUCCGCCAACGAGCCCGCUCCGAGGAGAGCUGUGUGCCACUUAAGUACCUUCAAGAACUGCAUGAGUUGCAUGAGGACUGGCUGAUACACCAAAGACGUCCGCAGUCCUGCAAGGUCCUUGUGCUCGAUGCCGAUCUGAAUCUGGAAAACAUUGGCAGCGAGUACCAGCGCUCGGAGUCCAGCAUCUUUGACGCCAUCUCGAGUAACCAACAGCCGUCGCAGGUUCUGGUUUCGCCCAGCAAGCGCCAGAGGGUCGCCAGAUAAUCAGUGAGGAUUAUGUUGCUGAAACCCCUAACCUAUAUAGUACCUAAUUGUGUGUAGUUCAGACUUUUAAUAUAAUAUAAGAGGCGCAGACGAGCCGAACCGCGGGACAAAGGCAAUGAAUAAUCCACUUACAAAUCAAGCCCUCAGUUAACGCAUUCGUAUUUUAACAAUUAUAAUCCACAUUAUAUUCUCUUCACAGAAACUAGUUUGUAAGCCCAAAAAUUGUAAUAAAAACUGUGAGUGUUUAUGUAGCUAAAUAUGUUCAAGUUAGUUGCCGAUUCUUAAAUGCAUUUCAGUGAAAAAAUAAUAAGAAUUUUAUAGAA